AUGAAUGGUAUUCAAUUAGUCAAGCGUUCGGACUCUGUACCGGAAGGGCCGACAUAUAGUGCAGAUGUUACAAUAGUCAGCUGGAAUGGACCAGAUGAUCCACAGGAUCCUUUCAACUGGCCUCUGUGGAAGAAGUGGUGGGCGACUGGACUAGGUCUCCUCGCGAGUUUUGUUUGCUCGAUGAACGGAACGAUCCUAUCUGUUGCCCACCAGGAUAUCAGUGAAGAAUUCCAUAUUUCUGAUGCGACAUUCCCAAAUUCCUACUGGCUAACCACUUCCUGGGGCUUAGGGGCUGCUUUGUGUCCGCUGAUCUUAUUCCCUAUCAUGGAGGAUUUCGGAGUUCGGCCCGUACUUCUCGGCACCUACUUCGUUUUCGCUUGUCUCCUGGUCCCAGUGGGGUUUGCCCAUAACUAUGCAACGUUGAUCGUUGUUCGUUUCUUCAGUGGCGGAUGUGUUCCACUCAUGAGCGAUGCAGUUGCUAGCAUAGCAUCGAAUGUUUUCCACGGGGAUCGAGCCAGAAGUAUCCCGAUCAGUCUCUACGUCACUGUAUAUCUUUCCUCAACAAGCAUAGGCCCAGUCGUCGGCGCGUCCAUACUACAGUUCCUCCCUUGGCGCUGGACAGGCCACAUGGAAACAAUAUGGACCGCAGCAGUGCUCCCAAUUUUUGCUCUCGGCCUUUCCGAAUCUCGAGGAUCAGCGAUUCUCCAAGCUAAGGCCAAAUCCCUCCGUUCAGACGGCAAGAACGCGUACACAGCAGCAGAACUAGAGCUAGACCGUACGCCAUUGUCCCAACUCGUCAUCAAAAGCAUGAAGCGACCAUUAUACAUGCUUCUUACAGAAUGGGUGGUUUUUGUCGCUGCUCUUUGGGCAGCGUUCAGCCUCGGAACGAUUUAUCUCUUUACCCAGUCCGUCGAACAGGUCUAUGCAGAACUUUACGGCUGGGAUGCGGUCAAGGCAGGGUAUGUACAAGGUGCUAUUGUGAUAGGCGAAAUCCUCGGCUGUGUACUCUGCAUAUCUACCAAUCAUUGGUAUCAUGACUCCGCUGCCCGGAAUGUCGAGACACCCGGCGUACCCAUCCCCGAAGCCAGGCUAUACCCAUCGAUCAUCGGGGGCUUCUUUGGGGUCACCGGAGGGAUGUUUGUGUAUGGAUGGACUUCAUACUCCUCCAUACAUUGGAUAGCACCGACAGUUGGCCUAGCCAUGGUGGGCUUCGGAUCCACUGCUGUUAUCAUAGGCAAUGCAAACUACUUGAUAGACGCGUAUAGUAAGUAUGCGGUCAGCGCUCUUGGGGCGGUUGGCCUUGUGGAGAAUGUUGCCAUCGCUUUCCUUCCGCUCGCCACUACAGCCAUGUACACAGACCUUGGGUUUCAAUGGGCUAGUUCAGUUCUUGCAUUCGUAUCGUUGGCGCUGGCUGCAACCCCGCUCGUGAUGCUCCGAUGGGGGGCGGUCAUCAGGUCUCAAAGCCCAUUUAUGAGAGAGGCUAUUAUUGACAGGCGAAGUGGCAGCGUCGAGACAGCCAAUAUGUGA